AUGAUUGGGGUGGGUUGCGACACCGCAAUUCAGUGCACUCCGUAUCACACUGGCAAAACAACUUGCAUCGACGGCUGCUGUUGUACAGUACCUGAAUCUUACACUUCAAAACCGAAUCUUAGUUUUGAAAUUACGGUUAAUCAGUGCAUUGCUGCUUUUGUACAAAGCACUGGAUUUUUUUUGAUUAGUUUUGCAUUAUUUAAAGGGUAUUGUUACAAUGGACAGCUAUCUCAAGUUCGGUGUAGUUCGAGGAAUCAGUGUGGGGCUGGACAGACUUGUAUGAAUGGACUUUGUUGCACGACCAUAGGGGACGAGUAUCAAUAUACUUGUGGUGGCAUAGCAGCUUUGGGAAGUUGCGCAGACAAUGGCACUUGCACGGGUAACAUGCAUUGCAAUCCAUCAAAUUACUGCUGUGAAUGUCCGGUUGGGAGAAGCAGCGGCCUCUGCAAUGAGGGUGUUUGUCCUUCUGGUUUCAUCUGUAACAGCAAUGGUUACUGCUGUGCAUCAUGUCCAAACAAUGAAACACCUUACGGAGCCUGCAGGAAUGGAGUUUGCGGAGACGGCUCAAAAUGUGUAGCUGGAAAUAUCUGCUGUUUUGUGUAG